GGCUAAAGAGAAUUGUACAGAUAUGCUUAAUGAAACACUAUCUGCUAUGAUUCUUCCAGCUGCUCGUAUUUUGAAGCAAAAACCCAGUAUUUGGGUGGAAAUUAAUCAUGCAGUGGCUAAAUACAAACCGGUCAAUUUAGGUCAGGGUUUUCCGGACAUUCUUCCAAAACAACAUGUUCUUGAAAGUUUAACCAUGCUUGGAAAACCCGAUGUUAGCCCAUUUCUUCAUCAAUACACUAGAUCUAUGGGUCAUCCGCGUUUAGUGAAUGUAUUAUCUAAACUGUAUACAAGUUUUUUAAGAUGUGAUCGUAAACUGUAUGGUGAAUCUGGGAGUCUUCAAGUAGACUCGUUUGGACCAGACAGAGAAAUUGAUCCUUUAAAAGAAGUUAUUAUUACCGUUGGUGCUUAUGGUUCGCUUUUUACGGCUAUUUCAGCAUUAGUUAAUCCUGAUGAUGAAGUGAUAAUUAUGGAUCCAAGUUUUGACUGUUAUACUCCAAUGACAGUAAUGGCUGGUGGUGUACCGAUUUAUGUACCACUUCGACCGCAAUUAGAUGAUGGUGAAGAAUUAAUCAGUGAUUGUUGGAAAUUAGAUAUCAAAGAAUUGGAAUCGAAAAUUACUUCAAAAACUAAAGUGUUACUAUUAAACACACCACAUAAUCCUUUGGGUAAAGUAUUUAAUAGAGAAGAAUUGGAGAGUAUCGCGGAUGUAUGCAUUCGUCAUAAUUUGGUGUGUAUUUCAGAUGAAGUUUAUGAAUGGUUAGUAUUUCCGCCUAAUCAUCAUAUUAAAAUCGCCUCUUUGCCUGGUAUGUGGUCACGUACCCUUACUAUUGGAAGUGCUGGCAAAACAUUCAGUGUAACCGGUUGGAAAUUAGGUUGGACAAUUGGACCAGCUAAUUUAAUACAGGCUAUGCAAUUACAUCAACAAAAUACUGUGUAUACAUGUCCAACUCCUUUACAAGAAGCUGUUGCACGAAGUUUAGAGAUUGAAUUACCAUUAUUGAAUACACAUGAAUCGUAUUUUAAUGAGAUGUGUGCAUUGAUUGAACCGAAAGGUCGAAAUAUGGUUAAGAAAUUGAAUGAAAUAGGAAUGAUAGCAGUAAGACCCACUGGAGGAUAUUUCCUCGUGGCAGAUAUCUCCAAAUUGCAUGUCCCAUCGAAUGAAUUGGAUAAAAAUGACUCAUUAUCGUAUGAUGUCAAAUUUAAUAAUUGGAUGAUGCAAAAUAAAGGUGUUUCUGCUAUUCCAAUGAGUGUGUUUUAUUCAACAUCUAAUCAACAUCUUGGUUCAAAAUAUUUACGAUUCUGUUUUUUCAAAGAGGAUUCAACAUUGAAUUCGGCAUAUGAAAUUUUGAAGACAUGGUAAUUGAUUUAAUGGCAAAAUAUUACUCCUGGAUCGUGUUGGAUUUGUAUUCACAAUCUUUUGGUUUAUUUUGACUUAUUCUGCCUACUACUGACUUGAUUGGGUUUUUUUUCUAUAGAGGAUCAUUUCAAAUCCGGUGCUGAAAUAAUUACAACUUCGUACAUUACGUAAUAAUAAUGUCUAUUUUCAUAUAGAAUAAAUUUGUGUUUG